CGAUGAGGAAUACUACAUGAUCGAGACCGCAAAAUGAAAGGGGCCAAUGGUGCCAAGAGAGUGAACCUGCUAGUUAGGCUCUGUCCUUUAAAUUCGUUCCCGCAUCAACUUGUUUAUCGGCCGAUGAUAUGCAGAUUCCAUAACAAUCUGCAACUGGUGUACAAUCUUACGACCUGGCUUGUCGCGUAAACAGAGAGAAACACUGCUGCAUAAUUUUAACGUGGGCAAUUAUUAAUAGCAUUCCGUAUAAUUUAACGUAGACGUAUGUGUGUGUAGAAUAUAUCGUGCCGUAUGCGAUUGAUUGUGCUCUCGGGUCAAAGUUCGGCAGUUUGGUACGGAACAGCUCCACAAAUCGAACGUCAACGACGGCACAGACAACAAUGGCAAUGCAGUGCUUGAGAUUACUCGCGAAUAACGUGCCUAGAGGUGCGUGCACCGCCAGCAAUGCCAGUCGACACAUUACCUCGCUUUCCAUGCUGCCGGAUACACAUCAGAUGCUGUACAAAACGUGCAGGGACUUUGCCGAGCAGGAAUUGAAGCCUAUCGCAGCGGAGACCGAUAGGAAGCAUCUUUUUCCAAAGGAGCAAAUCAAGAAGAUGGGCGAGUUGGGUCUCAUGGGUUUAUGCAUCCCUGAAGCGCUGGGUGGACCAGGAUUGGAUUACCUGGCCUACGCUAUAGCCAUGGAGGAAAUCUCCAGAGGUUGUGCGAGCGCUGGAGUUAUAAUGAGCGUGAAUAAUUCCCUCUACUUGGGCCCUAUAUACGCGUUCGGGACUGACAAACAAAAAGAAAAGUAUAUCACUCCUUUUCUCAACGGCGAGAAGGUCGGCUGUUUCGCUCUCAGUGAGCCGGGCAACGGAUCUGACGCCGGUGCGGCGUCUACCACCGCCAAGCCGGACGGUAGCGUUUACACGAUUAACGGCACCAAGUCGUGGAUAACGAACGCGUUUGAAGCCAGUGCGAUAGUUCUCUUCGCGACGACCGACAAGUCCAAGAAGCACAAAGGUAUAAGCGCUAUUGUAGUCGACAGUCCGACGGCGGGCCUGAGUCUGGGCAAGAAGGAGGACAAGUUGGGUAUACGAGGCAGCAGCACUUGCUCCUUGAUCUUCGAGGACUGUCAGGUGUCACAUGACAACAUCUUGGGCACACCAGGAAUGGGCUUUAAAAUCGCGAUGAUGACUCUAGAUGCUGGCAGAAUAGGAAUCGCCGGACAAGCGUUGGGCAUAGCUCAAGCAUCCCUGGAUUGCGCGAUAGAUUACGCAGCCAAGCGCCAAGCUUUCGGCCAGCCGAUCGUCAAGCUGCAGGCAAUCCAACAGAAAAUCGCCGACAUGGCUCUGAAACUGGACAGCUCAAGACUGCUGACGUGGCGAGCGGCUCAGCUUAAGGACAACGGUAAACCGUACACGAAGGAAGCCGCUAUGGCCAAACUGUCGGCAUCGGAAACCGCCACGUUCUGCGCCCAUCAGUGCAUACAGAUUCUGGGAGGGAUGGGAUACGUGUCGGAUAUGCCGGCGGAACGUCAUUACAGGGACGCGCGCAUCACGGAGAUCUACGAAGGCACGUCGGAGAUCCAGAGACUCGUGAUCGCCGCGAAUCUCGUCAAAGAGUACGGUCUCAAUUGAGAUCGCACGGCUCACGCAUGUAAGAUAAAUCCUCCAGUAUCUUUCUUUUAUAUCCAAAGAGAGAGCAAAAUAUAUAUUUUGUACGUAUUGCAUCUAUAUUAGAGAUUUUGUAUAUAUAUAUAUUAAUUAG